CGUGAAUCGACAACGUUAGCUUCAACAAGUGCUCGUAAGUGGUGAUUUGAGACGCAAAGCUCGUUUCAUAAGAAUAGCAGCUUCACAAGAGCGAACAGUCCUUGUUGUUUUGAACCUUGUUGCUUUCCCGUCGCCCAAACUUAUUUGAUUGACACUUCCUGUUGCUGUUAUUUACAUACGGAAGUCUGAAAGCGGUCAGACUGUUUUCAUUUUGACACGGUCGCGCGCUCACGGGAACGCGCUCAUUCGGUACAGGUGUGCUGCAUGCCAACCAGCUUCGCUUCUAACAAAGGUCGUCUUCCACAUUAUUCAACUUUUCACUCGGUGUCGUGACCAUCUGGUUUACUAGUCAUUUAACUAAGAGCAGGUUUCGACACUUUGAGCAGAACAGAAGUAGAAGAAAAUGGCUAAGGGCUCGAGAUAAGGUGGCAUCUGGCUUCUGUGUUUGGUCGGACAGGUGGCAUUAUGACGGCUAAUUUGCUAUUUUAAGAAACAAUGCAUGCUUGAUUUAGUAACAUGGCAAAUGCGGCCAGAGGGAAAUACACCAUGGAGGAGUUUUUCAAAACGAUAGGAGAGUUGAGAAGCCUCAUCCAAAAGAUCUCCUGCCAAGUUGAUGAAGUGGAGAAGAAACAAAGUGCUGUCCUCUCCUCAUCAAAUCCAGAUAAGAGUUGCAAAGACGAGCUGGAACUGCUGAACAACAAGAUCAAGACGGAGGCCAACUUAUUCCGAGCCAAGUUAAAGCCAUUGCAGGAUGGUUUCCCAGUAGAGGGCAGCGGCGCCGGUGUCUCUGUGAUGCAGCGCAUUAAGAAGAAUCAGCAUGCACACCUGACUCGCUGCUUUGCCGAGGUCAUGACGGGUCACCAUAAGACACAGGUGGCGUUCAGAGAGAAAUGCAAAGCCCACAUUCAGAGACAACUGCAGAUUGUGGACAAAGUGACCACCGAUGAAGAGUUGGAGGAGAUGCUCAACUGCGACAAUGUGACCGUUUUCAUAUCUGAUAUCUGCUCCCAUGCUCGUAUAUCAAGCGAGGCGCUGAGCGAGAUCGAGUCUCGUCAUGAGGAUAUCGUGCGCCUGGAGUCAAGCAUCAGAGAGCUACACGAGAUCUUGUGUGACACGGCCAUGCUGCUGGAGAUUCAAGGGGAGCUAGUGAACAGCAUAGAAAAGAAUGUGGCGUUGGCUUCAGAGUAUGUGGACGUGUCUAAAGCAGAGACGCACAAAGCAGUGAUCUACAAGAAGAACCCAUACAAGGUAGUUUCCCUGCCCAGGUUCUUUAAGUCCUUCAGGAGGCAAACGGCUGUGAAAGCAUCACCGGGUCCUAAUACCUCCCACCUGGACCAUGAGGACACCACUCCUGAUGCUCACUGAACUUUGACUCAACCAAACAUAUGGCUCACCUUUUAGAUGUGAUUAGGAGCCAAUCAAAAGGGAGAGAGGCCGGAAGGAAUACUUUUUUCACUCAUUCAUUCAUUCAUUCAUUCAUUUUCUACCGCUUAUCCUCACAAGGUUCGUGGGGGGUGCUGGAGCCUAUCCCAGCUGUCUUGGGGCGAGAGGCGGGGUACACCCUGGACUGGUCGCCAGCCAAUCACAGGGCACAUAUAGACAAACAACCAUUCACACUCACAUUCAUACCUAUGGACAAAUUGGAGUCACCAAUUAACCUAGCAUGUUUUUGGAAUGUGGGAGGAAACCGGAGUACCCGGAGAAAACCCACGCAUGCACGGGGAGAACAUGCAAACUCCACACAGAGGUCAGGUCUCCUAGCUGUGAGUUCUGCACGCUAACCACUCGACCGCCGUGCAGCCCGGAAUACUUUUUUUCAUAUGAUAAGUUAUUUUACUUUAGAAAGUGUGUGGGGUGGGCAACUAUUUGUAGUACACGGGAAGUAGAUUUUGUGUAUUCCUCUUCACUAAUAUACACAUGACCAAAAGCACUACAUACUUGGCCAAAAUAUCAGUGACGCUUGUGGCUUGCGCUACCCUUUACUGACCGGUAGGUGGCGGUUCAACACUGUCUCUGUAAUGCAGACUGGUGACGGGUGAGUUGGCCAUGUGGUUCCCUGUCAUUGUGAUGCCAAAUGAGAUGCACCUCUACCAAUAAACUGCCUGUCAAUUCUAA